CCACAGAGUUCGGUACAGCCAGCCAAGCAAUCCAAGCAGCACAAGGGGAUUUGUAGAAGCGACGUUUGGAGCAAACUUCAAUCUCAAUGGAGUGAAAUCUAUAUUAAAAUAGAUAGGAUGCUAUUUGAAAAUGUUCUAUAGAAAGAAAAAGGAAUUAAAUAAAACUUCAGUUUCAAAGAAGAGUCUUGGGGGAAACUUUGGGUCACACAACUCUUCACUAUCUGUCCUCCAGGAACAACCCACUAGAGAUGGUGGCUUGGAUGUCCCCCUCCCUUUCCCUGCAUCCCUCCAGGACCCCCAGGCUCCUCCCUGCCCCACUACCACCUGUCUGCUGCACCCCAGGCUGGCCACGGCCGCCAGCCCUCCCCCUGUCCUUGGAGCCUGCCUUAGACGGCCCACAGCCCUGAGUCGACAUGCCAGUGCGGCUGGCUUCCCCCUACAGGCGGCUGGAGCCUGGGCCUUCAGUAAGACCCAGGGGAAAGGAGCGAGCCUUGCCCCCAGCCCCACCACAGAGGCCUUGGAGGUGGGCAUCGAAGUGGAGGACAUCCCCGCUUUGCUCCGGGACGUGGCUUGCUUCGCUGAGGCUGUGGAGAAACUGAAAGAAAUGGUGCUGGGGGAAGACAGGCAGAUAGAUAACCUCUCAGACAGGCAGCUGGACCGUCGUGACCUGGCCCAGGAGUGUUUGGGAGAGGUGUUGCGUGUGUUGAGGCAGGUGAUCGGUGCCUACCCCCUCCUCAACACUGUAGAGACCCUCACUGCUGCCGGAACACUCAUCUCCAAGGUCAAAGGGUUUAGUUACAAGGACAGCAGUGACAUGGGUAAGCAGGACUUUGAGAAAGCCAUCGAGACCAUGGCUGUGGCUUUCAGUAGCAGUGUGUCGGAACUUCUGAUGGGAGAAGUGGACAGCAGCACCCUCCUGUCUCUACCGCUAACAGAGAGGAGCAGGUCUAUGGAGAACCUGUAUGGCUUAGACUCAGCCCAGGCCAAAGACUGUCAAGGGAGGAGUGACCAGCAGGACUGCUGCAUGCUGAGUGGAGAGCAGGUUGACCUCCUACUGCAGUGCAGUGAGGGAGGAGUGGACUCUGCUCUCUCCUAUGCCAAGGCUGUAUCCAGAUACCUGAAGGACGUUAUCAGCUAUGUGGAGAAAAGGACUGUUCUGGAGAUGGAGUUUGCCAAGGGUCUGCAGAGGCUAUGUCAGUCCUGUAAGCAGAGCAUUGCACAGCUCCAGAUGCCAUUCUUCUCCAUCUACUCUCUGGCUCUGGAGCAGGACUUGGAGCAGAGUGUGGGAGUGCAGCAAACCACUGGCUCCAUACACACUGUUCUACAGCCUCUGAUGCAGUGUAAACAGGAGCAUGAGAGGAGACGCAGAGAGCUCGGAGAGCAGUGGCAGAGGGCCCAGAGGAAACAGACUGAUGCUGAGAGUAGCAUGCGUAAAGCUCGAGGCUCGUACGUGAUUCGCUGUGAGGAAUAUGACAAGGCCAGGGGUCGGGCAGAGGAGGAGCUACAAGGGGGAGCAGGCGGGCUUAAAGCUCUGGACCGGAAGAAGCGAUUGGAGGAGGAGGCCAGAACCAAGGCUGAAGAGGCAGAGGCUGUGUAUCGUGCAUGUAUAUCCGAGGCGGAGGCGCGGCACCAGGAGAGAGAGCAGACUAAGGGCAGCACUCUCAGACAGAUCCAUGAUGUCAUCAGACACACAGACCACACCCUCAGAUCUUGCACAGUGUCGUACUAUCAGCUGCUGCACAUGCAGACAGCAGCGCUGCCAGUACACUACCAGACUCUGUGUGAGAGCACCAAGCUCUACGAGCCGGGACAACAGUACGCCGCUCACGCAAGACAUCUACACAAGAGCCCAGAGGAUGCCAGACAUCUCUACACGAGCACAGAGGAUGCCAGACAUCUGUCGAACCCAGAGCCUGUAGCUCACUACCACUUCGAGCCCUACUCAUCAAACCAUCUGUCUGGACGCACCCGCCACAACAGCUCUAACACGGAUGUACCAAUCAGCACGGAGACCACACCUCCCACGGACGCACCAAUCAGCACGGACACCACACCUACCACAUACGAGGAGAGUGGUGCUGAGGAUGGAGUCACACAGAGAUGUGGGCAAGGUCAGCAAUCACACAAGUCCUGGCCGUCAACGAUGAAGGACUCGGACUGUCUUGGAGGAGUCUAUGGUCUGGAGUCCUCCAGUACUGUGUGUGUUUCAGGGCACGUACCUAAAGCCAAUGAAGAACUGGAGGAACAUGAUGGAAACGUCACCUCGUUUGAACAGGAGCCAGAGAUGGCCGUUCCCACUGGUCCCUUCCGGAAUGUGGGAAUGUCCAAGGCAGCAAAGACCCACAGACUCCGCAAGCUCCGCACACCUGCCAAAUGCAGAGAGUGUAACAGCUAUGUGUACUUCCAGGGUGCAGAGUGUGAGGAGUGUUAUCUGGCAUGCCAUAGGCGUUGCUUGGAGAGCCUGGCUAUCCAGUGUGGCCAUAAGAAGCUACAAGGUCGUCUGUCGCUGUUUGGCAGGGACUUCACGCAGGGGCUGGGAGACCCCGAUGGUGUGCCUCUGGUCAUCAGGAAGUGCAUCACAGAGAUAGAGAGCAGGGCUCUUAUGAUGAAGGGUAUCUAUCGUGUGAAUGGGGUGAAGACUCGUGUGGAGAAGCUGUGCCAGGCCUUUGAGAAUGGGAAAGAGCUGGUGGAACUUUCCCAAGCCUUUCCUCAUGAUAUCAGCAACAUGCUCAAACUUUACCUCAGACAGCUGCCAGAGCCUAUCUUUCCCUUCCAUCUCUAUCCAUCUCUGAUGGGGCUGGCCAAGGAGAGCCUGCGUUCUGCAUCUCCUAGCCCAGAUGGAGGUGAGGUGGCUGGGGCAGCAGUGCUGGCAGACCUGGGGGCUGAGACUCCUCUGGAGGUCCUGAAUCUGGUCCACAGCCUGAGGGAGCUAAUGCUAACGGAGCUGCCGCAUGCUAAUACAGCCACAUUACGCUAUAUUGCACAGCAUCUGUGCAGGGUGUGUGAGUGUGAGCAGGAGAACAAGAUGAGUCCCAGUAACCUUGGCAUUGUGUUUGGCCCCACCCUGAUGCGUCCCCGUCCCUCCGGGGCCACCGUGGCCCUGUCCUCCCUGGUAGACUACCCCCACCAGGCCCGCAUCGUAGAGACUCUCAUAGUCUUCUACAGCACCCUCUUCCAUGACGGCUCCAACGGCACCCCAGUUUCCCCCUUAGCCCUAAGCCAGAGCCAGGACGGUGGGGGGGAGGAGGGGAGAGACGAGGGAGACAAGACAGACUCACAACACGACGGGGGUGAGACGCCAGACAACCACACUGAGAGACCAGUGGAAUCAGACUGAGGAGGAACCCUCAACCGCAGCACCCACUGAUCCUCUCUGGACCUGAACUCUUCAACAAAGAACUUCUGGAAAAAAUGGAAUUCAGUUUUUCAAAAGAAAAAGUACUUUAGUGAAUUCUACAAAUUGGAAUUCAUUUGGGAAAUUGUAGUUGAAAUGAAAGUGGUGCCAACUUACUGUUUAUAUGCGUUGACUACUGAUGAAAACGUUAGUACACUGACUGGAUAGCAGAAUAUCAUAUGCUGUUGUGUGAACGUGUUCAUUUCAUUGCAUGACUUGAGGUAUGAUUUUCUAAACCAGUUUUGCCAAAAUGCUGCACAAAGCUAUUUGUAUUGUUUUAAUUACCUGGUGAGUUACCAGGAAGGAUUGUGAGAUUCAGUGUUGUUGUGCCUGCAAUUUCCUCUUUCUGUAUUCUCUCUGUAUACCCCUUGUAUGGUGUAUUCAUAUGGUAUGUCUAUACUCCAGCCUACCAUCUGCCUGUGUACUCACGCCACUGCAUCAGCACUGCUGCUGGUUGGUGUGCUAGUCAUUGAGAUAUGUUUAUAUUGUUACAGUUCUGACAUGAUCUGUUGUAUAUCCUUGGUGACAUAAAAUUCAACAGUCAAGCGCUACGCAAAUGUUUGACCCCCAA